GGAUGGUCAUACUGUCAUUUUAACUGAGAGUAGAGUUUAACAUCACUUUACCACAGAUCAACUCAUCUGUCAUUUCAUUACUUAACCAGUUUACAAGACUUUGUCUUUUCACAUUUGUGCACUGAAACUGCUGAAGAUGUUUGACAGAUUUUGGUUCUGGUUCUGUUUGUGGCAUCUAUUUGGUGUGUUUGCUGGUUCAGAUGCAGUGAAGUCAGUGUCAGUGAUGGAGGGAGAUUCAGUCACUCUAGAAACUGGUGUUACUGAAAUACAGACACGUGACCUGAUAACCUGGACAUUUGGACAUCCAGAGACUCACAUAGCUCAAAUCAUUAAAGAGGAUGGAAUCUUCUCCGUAUCUGAUGGUCCCGAUGGGAGAUUCAGAGACAGACUGAAGCUGGAUCAUCAGACUGGAUCUCUGACCAUCACAAACACCAGAACCACACACUCUGGACUUUAUACACUAAACAUCAAAAGCACAAAACAGACCAUAUACAGAUUUAAUGUUAGUGUCUAUGCUCCACAUUUUUCAGUUCCUGUCUUUAGCAGAAUCUCCUCCUCCUCUUUAUAUUGUUCAUUGUUGUGUUCAGUGUUUAAUGUGAGUCAUGUGACUCUCUCCUGGUACAAAGGAAACAGUUUAUUGUCCAGCGUCAGCGCGUCUGAUCUCAGCAUCAGUCUCUCUCUACCUCUGGAGGUGGAAUAUCAGGAUAAAAACACCUACAGCUGUGUGAUCAACAAUCCCAUCAGAAACCAGACUCAACAUCUGGACAUCAGCAAACUCUGUAACACAUGUUCAGACUCUUUCCGCGGUUGUGAUUCUACGGAAGCUGUGAUCCGAUUGGUCGUCACUGCUUUGGUGGGCGUGGCUGCUGUAGCUGCUGUUGUUCUGUUUUAUGACAUCAGAUCCAGGAGAGCUGAACAGCAUUCUUGAUUAGCCUAUACU